AUGUACAAGAAAUUGGUAUCGACUACGGGAGGAGCUACACACCGUCCGACCCCUGCGUUUACAUACACCGAUGCCGUCGACGACAUCCUGAUCAGCGGAAAGGACCUCGCGCUCGUCGCCGACCUGAAGAAAAAGCUCCAAGACCGCUUCGAAAUGGCAGACAUUGGAGAAGUCCGUCUCAUCCUUGGCAUGGAAGUCACGCUAGUCGUCUCGCAGAAGGGCUACGUCAAAAGCAUUCUGGAGAGGUUCGGCAUGGAGAACUGCAACCCCGUCAGCAGUCCAGGAUACGGACCACAACUCUCGACAGGUCAGCCAGAGAAUAAGCUACUCGGAGCAGCCGAGUCCAAAGCUAUACCAGUCCAUCACAGGCAGCCUGCGUAA